GCGUCAUCUCAGCUCAGCUUCUCAGUGACAGCCCGCGAUGCAUUGUGGGAGACCUCCCAGCCCCGUGUGUUUAUUCCUCCACCUUUAACACGAAAUGUGUGUUUAAACACAUCUUUGAGCUGAGAUGUCCGCUCAGACGCAGAACAUUAAGACGUUCACUGAUUCAUAACUCACUCCGCCACCCCGUGUGACGUGAAACCGAACUAUGGAAGCCGCGGAAGGCUUGGCCUCAGCCUCUGCCUCGACCCCCGGGGGGGAGGAGCCAAACGGGGCGGGGCACCUCAUGGACUUCCUUGACGAGCCGUUCCCUGACGUGGGGACAUAUGAGGACUUCCAUACCAUCGACUGGCUCCGGGAGAAGUCCCGCGACACUGACCGCCACCGCAAGAUCACCAGUAAGAGCAAAGAGUCGAUGUGGGAGUUGAUCAAGAGCCUUCUGGACGCCUGGUCCGGCUGGGUGGUGAUGCUGCUGAUUGGCCUGCUCUCAGGCACACUCGCGGGGGUGAUCGACCUUGCGGUGGACUGGAUGACGGACCUGAAGGAGGGCGUCUGCCUCUCGGCCUUCUGGUACAGCCACGAGCAGUGCUGCUGGACCUCCAACCAGACCACCUUCGACGACCGCGACAAGUGCCCCGAGUGGCAGAAGUGGGCGGAGCUCAUGACCGGGACCUCCGAGGGGGCGGGGGCCUACCUGCUGAACUACCUGCUGUACGUCCUGUGGGCGCUGCUCUUCUCCUUCCUGGCCGUUUCGCUGGUCCGAGUCUUCGCUCCGUACGCCUGUGGCUCGGGGAUCCCAGAGAUCAAGACCAUCCUGAGCGGGUUCAUCAUCCGGGGCUACCUGGGGAAGUGGACGCUGCUCAUCAAGACAGUGACGCUGGUGCUGGCCGUGUCCUCGGGACUCAGCCUGGGGAAGGAGGGGCCGCUCGUCCACGUGGCCUGUUGCUGUGGCAACCUGUUCUGCAGCCUCUUCUCCAAGUACAGCAAGAACGAGGGCAAGCGCCGCGAGGUGCUCUCUGCAGCGGCGGCGGCGGGGGUCUCCGUGGCCUUCGGGGCGCCCAUAGGGGGGGUCCUCUUCAGCCUGGAGGAGGUGAGCUACUACUUCCCCCUGAAGACGCUGUGGCGCUCCUUCUUCGCGGCGCUGGUCGCUGCCUUCACGCUGCGUUCCAUCAACCCGUUCGGGAACAGCCGUCUGGUGCUGUUCUACGUGGAGUAUCACACGCCCUGGUACAUGGCGGAGCUGGUGCCCUUCAUCCUGCUGGGCGUGUUCGGUGGCCUCUGGGGGGCGCUGUUCAUCAGGGCCAACAUCGCCUGGUGCCGGCGCCGCAAGACCACGCGCCUUGGCCGCUACCCGGUGCUGGAGGUGGUGGGCGUGGCCGGCGUCACCGCCCUGCUGGCCUUCCCCAACCCCUACACGCGGCGCAGCACCUCGGAGCUGAUCUCGGAGCUGUUCAACGACUGCGGCGCCCUGGAGAGCUCGCAGCUCUGCGACUACGUCAACAGCCCCAACAUGAGCCGGCCGCUGGACGACAUCCCGGACCGGCCUGCCGGCCCGGGGGUCUACACGGCGCUCUGGCAGCUGGCGCUGGCGCUGGUCUUCAAGGUGGUGGUCACCGUGUUCACCUUCGGCAUGAAGAUCCCGUCGGGGCUGUUCAUCCCCAGCAUGGCGGUGGGGGCCAUCGCGGGCCGCAUGGUGGGCAUCGCGGUGGAGCAGACGGCCUACCACCACCACGACUGGAUCAUCUUCAGGAACUGGUGCCGCCCCGGGGCCGACUGCGUCACGCCAGGGCUGUACGCCAUGGUGGGGGCCGCCGCCUGCCUGGGGGGCGUCACCCGUAUGACGGUCUCUCUGGUGGUCAUCAUGUUUGAGCUGACGGGGGGACUGGAGUACAUCGUCCCCCUCAUGGCGGCGGCCGUGACCUCCAAGUGGGUGGCGGACGCCUUUGGGAAGGAGGGAAUCUACGAGUCGCACAUCCAGCUCAACGGCUACCCCUACCUGGACGUCAGGGACGAGUUCAGCCACCGCACGCUGGCGGCGGACGUGAUGCGGCCGCGCCGCAGCGAGCCGCCGCUGGCCGUGCUGACGCAGGACGCUGACAGCGUGGAGGAGGUGGAGGCGCUCAUCAAGGGCACGGACUACAACGGCUUCCCCGUGGUGGUGUCCCGGGAGUCGGAGCGCCUCAUCGGCUUUGUAGGCCGCAGGGACCUCACGCUGGCCGUCAAGACGGCCCGUCAGAAGCAGGAGGGCGUGGUCAGCAGCUCGCUGGUGUUCUUCACGGAGGACCCGCCCCCGCUGCCGGACGACCCCCCUCCGCCCCUGAAGCUGCGCCGCAUCCUGAACCUCAGCCCCUUCACGGUCACCGACCACACGCCCAUGGAGACGGUGGUGGACAUCUUCAGGAAGCUGGGCCUCAGGCAGUGUCUGGUCACACGCAGCGGACGUCUCCUGGGGAUCAUCACCAAGAAGGACGUCCUCAGACACAUGGCCCAGAUGAUGGACCAGGACCCAGAGUCCAUCAUGUUCAACUAGUCCUGCUGAGAGCUGCACUGCACCCCUGUAGUGGACUACACUGUACAAUAACUCAUCUAUACAUACACCUCCCUGUGGUCUGUCUCCCGUGAGAACGUCUCACUGUCUUUCGAAGUCUGUCUUUAAUUUGCUCUGAUCUGAAAGCGUAUCAACAGCGGGGUCGGCCGGGGGACUUGCCGGUGGAUCGGUCCACUGUGGUCGGUUUGAAGGGGUGUUCCCCUGUCAAAACGAGACGCUCCGUUUGAUUCUGUUCGCCAUAUUCACGACCUCCCACUGCAGACAUUGUGCUGAUUUUUCCUCCAGUGCUCCGCAGCCCGAUCAUCGUCAUCGCCACUCCCCCCCCCCCCCGCUACAGUCUGGGUUGUCUUGUGAGUGACAUGCACAUGAAGGGUGAGGCUACUUCAGGCCCCUGCUGAUAUUGAAAUGCAGCGAUAUAAUUGGCCGGUCUGGGACGGCUGUGGACCAAUGGACACAGCCCCCACCACGCUGGCUUCUGUCCUGAUGGUCGUUGGGCUUCCUGUUGACGUGUGUAUGUGAUUGGUCCUCCUGCUUCCUGGUUAUAGGUACUUUGGGUAAUGUAGUCCACCUCGAAGCCUUUAACUCUUAAGUGUUUGUUAAUUUAUUCGUGGCUCUUACUAAUGUUUGACUGAUAAACCUUCUGGUCGUAUUUUAAGUGUUUCAACUGAACCUAAACUACUUACCUGACCUCCCCUCAGUGGUUUAAGGGUAAGCGUAGCUUGUAGCGUCCGCUGUCUGUAGUUUUCCAUCACAGUCCCUAAGGCAUGUUACGUUUUAUAUGAAUUAACUGAGUGUAAAGGCACUGUCGUACUUCUGUUAGAUUAAAUAUUUAAACACUAAUGGCCGAGGAGAGGAACCCGUUUAUUGUUUUUGUUCAGACGUUGUGUUCUUUAGCUGAUCUGGUAAAUGAAGGAUAUCGUUUUGGGCGUCCUGGAGUUGCACAUUGAACCGUUGAAGACCAUGAGCCCAAUGUACUUAUCACUCCUCAUGCUCCCUGUAGACGUUUAUUCCUGGUGGAGUUGAACUGUUAAUGGAGUAAGGGUUAACCUAACCCUAACCCCUAAGGUUAACACCCACCCUUAGCGAAGCCCAACCGUAAACCCUUAAAGAUCCCAUGGCAUGCUACUUUAUGGAUGCUUUAAUUUAGAUAUAAGUAGGCCCCAAACACAGUAUUUCAGGCAGCAUGUCGCAGUUCAUGUACUUCAGGGAGUCAAAGCCAAAGUUCCUUUCCCCCAAUUCCUUCUCAACAAUGGCUGAGACCCCAACUACAGUCUUGUUGUGGAAAUACAAGAGACGUCAAAGAACCGACGUGUUAUGUACCAUAACACCAACAGCAAGCACUUGCGCUAGAGUGUGUGUUAUCAAACUCACACACACAUCUGGCGCUCGCACGGUCGUGUCUCAUUGGCGGGCCAAAUUCUCUGGGCGGGAAAGGCAGAGAAAGGGGAGGAACUUAGAUCCUUUAUGACGACAUAAGAGAACACGUUCCAAAUCAGCGCGCUUGAGCGCUGAUUUGGAACGUACACCUAGUGCUUGUUUUACACCGAACACAAGUUUUAGCCACUGGGGGACAAAAGGCAGGCUAGGGGAACUCAAGAAAACCUCAUAAAGUGAGAUUUUCAUGCCAUGGGACCUUCAAGGUUAACCAUUACCCUAAACCUAACCCUAAGGUUUAAACCUAACCCUAACCUUUUGGGGUAACCCUCACCCUAAGCCUAUCAUGCACCCAAACACGGUGGCGUUUGGGUUUCCCACUCUCCUCGAACUCCCACAACAAAUUCAGCGCAGCGAUGGUGGUGAUCUCAGCCAUGUUUGUGGAGCAAAAGAAAAGUAGCAGGGGAAAAUAAGUUUUGGGCGGGCUCAUCUAGCUCCGUAGGCGCGUUAGCCGCGUUGAACUAUUUUUGUGACGCACAAUGAUCAAGCGUCAGGUUAGGCGCGUUACACGCGUGUCUGACAUAUAGGGGACUAGUCUCUGUAGACGCAUACUGCGGCCAAUCAAAUCGCACAAAGCCGAUGUGUGGAUAUAAAUACAAAAGAUGACACCAACAACAGGUGACUAAAAAACAAUCCUAUCAUUCCACAUUUCUGUAAAAUAAUAUAAUGGCCGGAUUUCUUCUGCUUCUUCCUGCUUUUUAUUGCAAAAUGGAUCCAGCAAACGCGUGGAGUGCAUUUGCAUAACCGCGAUCCGAUUGGCCGACGGAUCCACCGCUGCCUGAAAAGUUGACCUAUCUCAACUCUUUUACACAGGCCACGGAGCCGAAUGGACGGACGGACCCACAAUGCAUUUCGCGAGUGCCCCAUGUAAGUCAAUGAGAUCCGUCGACGGACGGAGGUAGUGUGAACAAGCCCUCAAAGGUACGGCAACACUGAACGCGUUACGCGCGUUAGAGGCGUAGAAAAUCUGCAUUUUUGCAUAGGGAACCAUUGGUUCACACGCUAAAGCAGCGCGUUAGAUGCGUUUUACGCAUCUCAUGCCCAACGCACCUACGCGUCUAACGCACCUACGCACGGAAUUCAAAAUUGUUUACGCUCCUACGUGUGACACUUAGCCGCGAUAGCCAAUUAGCGCUCUGCAGCUGAUAUGGAGCGCCUGUAGUUGGUGUGACGGGAGAACCUGGCACCAACCCGGGCUAGCAGGUCAUCAAACAUGGCCCCAGUCAACCGAAAAUACCGGUUGUGGCCGUACCUUUAGGGUUCACUCUAACCCAAACUCUAACCCAAACUCUUACCCUAAACUCAAGCCUUACCGUUAGGGCGCACUCACACUAGGCCAUCUGUACCGUGCCCAAGUCCGUUUCACACCCAUACCGUGCUCAAGUACGAUUGCCCCUGUCAAACCAAAAUUGUACCGGGAGCGAAAAUUGUGCCGCCUACGUAAUCCACAUCGAAACAUUGCGUCAACGCGAUUGUCCGUUGCCAGGCAGGUUUCCAAAAAUGUUCGCGCUCAUCAAGGGUAGUGGUGUUGCUGAAAAGAAAGUGAAAUCCGCGAGUUGCUGAUCAUGUGAGAGCAGGUGAUGCAGUCGUAUUAAACAAAGACGUUGAAAGAUGGUGCGAUCUACGAGAGAGUCGCAGAGGAACUGUCCUGACGAGGCUUAAUUUUGUCGGGAUAAAAAACAAGUGGUUAGCAAAAUAAAGAAUAUGUUGGUGUUUUUGCACUUGUAAAUAGUUAGUCGUGUUUGUAGCCUACACUCAGACGUGAACUUAUUCUUGCAUGCAGGUGUCUUCAUUCAUAUGAAAAAUAAAAACAUUCGGGAGUGUGCAAAUUAUUCUAGGUAUAGACUGCGAGCAGCCCCGCCUUCUCCAGUGAACCAAGAAAGCCCGCGCCGGGGCGAACGCGGUAUUUUUGAUCAAAAACUCAACUUCACUAUCGCACCAACAUGAACCGCUUGCCGUCAUGUUUAUUGUUUAAAGGGAAAGAAGGGUCGCAUGGACUAUACGUCAUCCAGCUCAGGUUGCGUAGCCAUGCGUGUGCGCGUGUCGGCUCAUUAGCAUCUGUACCGUGGCCUGAGUACACCUCUCCGAAGUGUGCUCAGGCCACAGAUUUGUACUUGAGUACUUUGAACUGGCCUAGUGUGAGUGCGCCCUUAGGGUUUAACUUAACCCUUGGGGUUAACUCUAACCAUAACCAUAACCCUAACUCUAACUCUAACCCUAAGUCUACGGUCAGAGGCGUUGUGAUCAACAUGUCAUUGACACUGAAUACCUGUUUUAAGUUGAAGAGCUUCAGGAUGUAUUUCUAUUUUAAGGGGGAAUCAAGAACACUGUUAAUAUAUCUCCAUUCUCCUCAUUCGGAUGAUAACUCUAAAUAUGUAAAAAAAUACAUAGAUGGUACUCAUUUUGCACUUUUAUUUAGAAAUUUGUGAUUCGUAACACGUUAAGCAUCAUUAUUUGUUGAGGUUGAUCGAGAAUAAAGAUGGAUUUGUCUCUUAACAGUUUUCUCCUUAAUUGCUCUUCUAGUUCGUUAAUACCGCGUUCAGAGCUCUGCUCACGGCCAUAAACGCUAAUUGGGAGGUAUUAAUUGGUUGCAUUCUGCAGCCCGAAUGCUAGGGGCCGCUAACACAAUGCGCAUUUUACAAACCCUAUUCAAGAGUAGUUAUAUUGUUUGUCGAAAUUAAAGCUAUAUAACAUUGAUCUUGCAGCUGACACCAUAAUAUAGUCCGGCAAAGUCCGUCGAUCGCGCAAGAUCAAUGUGCUGAGUGAGACCACCAUCCAGCUGCCCAAAGUCGAUGCAGCAACAGUGACACAAUGGUGAGUAAAUGAGCAUGCUUAAGGUACAUGCUUUGCGUGAUAUUUUAUGCAGAGCAUGUUUAAUCCAUUGUUUCCAGUUUUCAUAACGAGAUGGCUGGCUCAGCAAAUGGAAUGUGAAUCUAAAUGAAUUGGCCGUUUUAUAAAAUCAAUAAUACACGAGGAUGUGAUCAAUUGCUAUGUGAUUACAGCUGUGUCAUGCUGCUGUAUCAUAGGCGUGAUCAAAUGCCAAUCGGUCAAACCCUCUGAAUUUUAAUAAAUAAAUCAGCAGUGUGGUCAGAAGUGUUUUUUAUCAACUUAGAGUAAUAUCAAAUCUUAAAUCCCUUUUAUCCCGGAGUGAUCUUGAAAUUCUCAUACAUGCUUUUAUCAGCUCUAGACUUGAUAACUGCAAUAUUUUAUAUACAGGUCUUACUCAAUCUAACAUCCACAAAUUACAGAUGGUCCAGAAUGCAGCAGCCAGAAUGCUCACUGGCACUAAAAAGAGAGAGCACAUCACACCAUUCCUGGCUCAGCUGCACUGGCUCCCAGUCAAAUUUAGAAUUGAUUUUAAGAUUUUACUCUUUGUUUUUGGCUCAGCUUAAUGGCUCAGACCCCCUUAUAUUGGUGAAAUGCUUUCCCCACAUUCCACCUCAAGGUCGACCCGGUCAUCCACAAAACAGCUCCUAUCUGUCCCCCGUACACGUCUUAAAACGAAAGGUGACCGGGCAUUCUCUGUUGCUGGCCCAAACCUUUGGAAUCCCCUUCCACCCCACAUCAAGUCUCCACCCUUGCCAGUUUUAAGUCUAAUUUAAAGACAUACCUUUUCACUCUUGCUUUAACACCCUUAACCCUGUUCUUACUAUUUAUAUUGCUCUCUUUCUACUUAUUUUAUGCAUUUCUUUUUUAGUCAAGACCUGUGUAUCCCUGGGCCCCUUUCAACAACUGUCCUGCCCAACCCUGGUUUCUGCAAUUGUAAAGCGCUUUGGGUGAAAGCCCUGUGGUUUUUAAAUGUGCUACAUAAAUAAAAGUGACUUGACUUGACUUGACUUGUGUAUUAUUGCUAAAU